AUGAGCACGUUAUGCACACUGCGAAUAACUCGUCUACGGGUAUGUGGUGCCCUCGGAGACUCGGGUGGAGGUGCUACAGGUGGCACAGGCGCAGGUGCCGUAAUACUCGCGGCGCGCAUGCACAGCUCGAAGCGCACGCUCCGCUCCAACGACAUCGCAGUACCGCCCCUCGAUGUUGAACUUGAUCUCUGCUUCUCUCUGCAAUACCCACACUUCGUCAAGAGGGAUGGAAAUAGGUUGCAAAUAAUGCUCCAACGCCGAAAGAAAUAUAAAAAUCGGACCAUACUCGGUUACAAGACACUUGCUGAGGGCGUCAUCAGAAUGGACCAGGUGUUGCAACGCUCAAUGGAUAUGGAGCUCGAGCUGGUCGGUGUUGGUGGAAAGGUUGGUGCAGCUGCUGGCCAGCCUGUCGCCAAGCUGACCAUCACGGGACUCGCGUCUACUCCUGUAGACCAUGACACUAAGAACAAUAACACACUUCUAAUCACUGAGCGAGGCUAUUCAGAUGAAGAAGAAGAAGGAGAAUUCAGCUCAGUAGAAGAAGCUGACGAGAUGACAUAUGGAGCGCCUGCCCGACGUCGUGCCCACCGUCAACUGGCAUUCAAUAAAACUGAUCUCUCUUACACCAAGUUGUCUCGUUCUCGCGACUUGAGCUUCAUGGAGCGCGAGAGAAAGAGACAGAGCUAUAUGCACAGUAAGGGGAACGACAGGGACAGCGACAGUGAGCUUGAGAGCGCGGCCGCCAAGCGAAAGGGCAGCCGCGGGAAGCUCGCGGUGAGCGCCUGCGCAAGCACGCUUCUUCGUAGAUCUUAUGAGAAUAGAAAUUGUUCAAAUUGUCAAAUUCCAAUCUUUCAAUGGGAGUGGAAAGGCCAAGCACUAGCACUAAUAUACUCGUACUGUCUUACUGUAUCAGGUGACGCUAGACUAGAUUUACCUUAUAGUAAAGUAAAAACUCUUGAUUAUAGACUCCGUUUGUAUAGCCGUCGCUCAGUUUACGCGAAGCCGCCAAUGGAGGUUAAACCUCAACGCAACCUGAAGCAGAAGUUCGCGGCGCUUUUGCGGCGGUUCCGAGUACCAGAAGAAUUAUCUGAAAGGGGUACGACAAGGGAUCAGCACCACGCACAACACGAUAUCGAUGAACUCUUCCAGGAACUGGAAUCAUUAUCAUGCGGCGAAGGCGAGGACUCGGGUCCUGACCAAAUGGACACCAUUAGCAUUGGUUCCACACCAAAACCCUCAUUGAGGCCGUUCUUCAGCAGCUCUCGAAGUCUUGCUACCCAAGACCAUCAUAGGCAUUCCAACGUGAGGGGGCACGGGAGCCUUACGUCCGCCGCCGAGCUCAGCGACUUCAGAGAACGCCACAUCAACACGCUCCCUCUCACAGAAUCAGAAGCCAUCCGAAGUUCGGCGGGUGAUGAACGCGCCAGUGACGGUAACAGCGACGGUGACGUCACGGCCGACGCGCCUGUCUCUGGCGCCUCCGUGUCCAGCUCACCACCUAAUGAGACUAAGGAGGAUAAGCGUUCUCGGUUAUUCCGAAGCGCAACGAGUGGCGGUAACCUGACGCCGGGAGUGGCCGGCCGCAAGAAAAACUCUCUGGUCAUCGGCGCUGACCGGCCGCUCUCAGCCCACGAGCUGCCGGCGCAGAGCCCCACCACGCUAGAGCCCCGACGUACGUGGGCAGAGCAGGUAUCUCGUCUGGUUGGCGAGGACUCGUCGCUGGAGUGCGUAGCCGUGUGCGGAAGUGGGGCAGGCGCGUGCUUGGCGGCGCUGGCGGCGCUCGGCGUGCCCGCGCUUCUCUCGCCCGCGCAAGCUCCCGACCCGCGGCCCUUGCUCCACGCGCUUUAUUCCAGAGUGCCUAAACAGAGCGGCAGGCGCGGCUGCAUCCGCGUGGCGAUCUGCGGCGGCGACGCGGCGGCGGGCGCGGCGCUGCGCGCGCACGCCGAGCUGGGCGCGCGCCGCCCGCACGACGCGCCGCUCGUGCGCUUCUACGUCAUACCCGUCGGGCCGAGUGUGAUCGCGCGCCACCUGUCAGCGACGGACGGCGCGUACGCAGCGCUGUUCGCGAGCGACUCGUGGGCCAACAUCUGUGAACGCGCAGCUGAAGGCUCCGUCACUGACGUUGCGGAGAUGUCUUCUAGAAUCGGCAGGUAUCUGAAUAGUAUCGGGCCCGUGAACAAUGUGCCAAUCGGCGAGGCAAUGGUCGCGUACAGAGAUAAGUCUGGCGAUGAGGACUCAAGUCAAACGUUUGUGCCCUUCAUUGCGGAGGUGCGCGUGGGCUGCAGCGAGGGUGGCGUGUCGUCGCUGGAGCUAGAGGAGGGCGGCUCCCCGCCGGCGCGGGCCUCACCCCCCGCCACUCCUGCGCCUCAUACGCACGAGCCUGCGCCCCUCCCCCUCACACACCCCCUGCCGCUCCUCGCGCGUACCGAGCCGCUCGAGCUGCAGCUUGACUACUGGCUGGUACCGAGUCGCCAGUCUGAGGGUACGGACAGCAAAGUAACAGUGAAGGCCUCUUUCCGCGCACUACAUGUGACAAGACAAAAUUCACAUCUUUGCAUCACGUACCUCACCAAGGAGAAGAAACAAAAGAUAAUGCGGCUCGGCAAGAAGAAAGAGAAGACAGGCGAGGCGGAGGUAGGACGAGCACAGACUGUCGACGGUGUUGCCAGACUCAUUUGUUCCGCUAAAAGUAGCCAUAACGUUCCACUUAAAGUGUACAUCGACGGCACAGAGCUGAACGGCGUGAAGUUCUUCCAGCUAUCGACGCAGUGGCAGACGCACGUCAAAACGUUCCCCGUCGCCACGUGCGGAGCGCCGCUCGCCCCCGCCGAGACGUAA